CAAGAACACCAUUCCAGACUUCUCAGACCUGAGAAGUUGAUACCAACUGUGAUCGUCUAGGCCAGACUGCCUGUCACCGACAUUUUAUACUCGUAACGUACUCCGCAUCUGUUCUUCAAGCUACAUCCUGCUGACCUUUUACGAGUUAUUGCCAAACACUACUUUACUUCGAAGGAAAAACAUGGCUCGGCUGUCAACACGCUCGGAACCUGUGUUGGCCACGUCUUCCACGAGGCCCGUCCCACCAGAGCCUUUUGAGCUCCCAUACUCAAAACACCCUCUCCUAUUCUCCCCCGUUCGUCUGCUUGCUAUUUCAACUCGUCCUUCGAUCCGUUCAAUGGUUAAUGUUUUCAAUCAUAGAUGCGAAAGCACUUUAUCGUCAAUUUUGGCAUCUGGUUUGCCAUCAACAGCGCAAUCGGUUCCUCUUUACCUUCCGGAGCUGUAGGCUUCUUACACAAGAUUUCUUCGUCAUCGAAAACACAUACCUCGUCCUGCUCAACUCUUUGUUCCUCUUCGGAUAUGCGAUCGGACCGCUAAUUAUGGUACCGCUGAGCGAAUACAUCGGCCAUUUGCCUGUGCUCCUCGUUGCCUACACUGGCUCUACUAUCUUCACAUUGGCCUGCGCCGUGAGCCCGAUGUAUACAGCACUGCUGAUUUUCCGCCUGUUGGCAGGGAUUUGUAGUGUUUUCCCCAAUGGAGUUGUGCCUGGGGUCUAUGCCGACAUCUACGAGGACCCAAUUACGCGAGGACAUGCGAUGGCAUAUUACAUGGCCGCCACAACUGUUGGGUCUCAUCUAGGGCCUGCCAUAUCCGGAUUCGCGUUGGUAGUUGACUGGCGCGUAACCUUUUGGAUCGGCUUCUCCCUCUUUGGUGCCGGACUUCCGGCCCUGUUCUUUUUUCCCGAGACAUACCUGCCGGUGCUGAAUAAAAGUGUCGGACGGCAGCUGGUCGGUCCUUCCACGGCAGUUGACGAGACGGUCUACCGGGCUCCCCUCUCGAAGACCGGAACCGUUGGUGGCAAGAUGCAAGUCAUUUUCGCUAGGCCCUUCUCAAUUCUUGUGCAUGAACCCAUCGUUCUGUACACGUCACUUUAUGUGGCAAUGAUAUACUCCGUCUUAUACCUCUUCUUCCAGGUGUAUCCAAUCAUCUUCCAGGGUCCUAUGUAUGGUCUAUCCCCUGGCCCAGCUGGCCUGGCGUUCUUACCAGUUGCCUUUGGUUCUCUGAUCGCCUUGUGCAUUUACCUUGCAUACAGCUCAUACCACACCAGAGCUGUAAAAGCAGGAGCUGAAUGGGCAUCAAAGGAGGAAAAUCGAAGACUGCCUAUGGCAUGUCUAGGAGGACCUGGAAUCCCUCUGGCCCUCUUCUGGCUGGGCUGGACAUCGGAUAUACACGUCAGUCCUGUUGUGCCCAUGAUGUCGGGAGUUCUGUUCGGUGUCAGCUAUCUGCUCGUGCUGAUGUCGAUGCUGAACUACCUAAGUGAUGCGUACAAAGAGUUCUCGGCAUCGGCUCAGUCCGCUGCCAGCACAACACGAUCGAUAUGCGCCGUAUGUCUGCCGCUGGCAGCGAAGCCGAUGCAUGACACCCUAGGCGUGCCUUGGGCAUGUUCGAUGCUUGGCUUCAUAGCAUUGGCCAUGACCUUCAUCCCUUUCGUGUUCCUCAGGUAUGGGCACAAAAUGCGGAGCAAGAGCCCGUUAUGUCUGGAUCUGAAGGACUGAAGAGGUUAUACGGAUAACCGAGGGCAAAUGAUCUACGCUUUGAACUCACUACUGGAGAUCCUUUACCAUUGCGAUCGGGAGCUAACGGGGCCGUUAAGAAGAAAACUUGAUGUUGAUCGGUGAGAGGGUACUGGCCCCAUGUGAAUACGAAUCCAAGAUUGAUACGC